AUGAAUGAAGAUCUGAAGGUUAAUUUGAGCUGGCUGCCUCAGGAUCAUGUAGAAGCCAGCUCUACCGAGAAUGCCUCAGCCGCAGGCUCCUCCCUGGUUCCUGUCGUAGACCCAGAGCCAGAGCUUUUGGUAAACCCCUGGGACAUUGUCUUGUGUACUUCAGGGACCCUUAUCUCCUGCGAAAAUGCCAUUGUGGUUCUUAUCAUUUUCCAUAAUCCCAGUCUUCGUGCCCCCAUGUUCCUCCUGAUAGGCAGCCUGGCGCUGGCAGAUCUCUUAGCGGGCAUUGGAUUGAUCAUCAAUUUCGUUUUUGCAUACCUUCUGCAAUCAGAAGCUACGAAACUGGUUACGGUUGGACUGAUUGUUGCCUCUUUCUCAGCAUCUGUUGCCAGCUUGCUGGCUAUUACUGUUGAUCGUUACCUUUCCCUGUAUUACGCUUUGACUUACAAUUCAGAGAGGACUGUCACUUUUACCUAUGUCAUGCUUAUUUUGCUCUGGGGAGCAUCUAUCUGUAUUGGACUGCUGCCUGUAAUGGGCUGGAACUGCCUCAGAGAUGAAUCCACCUGCAGUGUUAUCAGACCGCUCACUAAAAACAAUGCAGCUGUCCUUUCAGUCUCUUUCUUGCUUAUGUUUGCCCUCAUGCUGCAGCUCUACAUUCAAAUCUGUAAAAUCGUGAUGCGCCAUGCCCAUCAGAUUGCCUUGCAACACCAUUUCCUGGCCACUUCCCACUAUGUGACCACACGAAAAGGAGUGUCUACUUUGGCCAUUAUUUUGGGGACUUUUGCUGCUUGCUGGAUGCCUUUUACGCUCUAUUCUUUAAUAGCAGAUUACACCUAUCCUUCUAUAUACACCUAUGCCACCCUCCUGCCAGCUACCUACAAUUCCAUCAUCAAUCCUGUAAUAUAUGCUUUUAGAAACCAGGAGAUACAGAAAGCACUUUGGCUCAUCUGUUGUGGCUGUAUUCCUUCUAACCUGUCUCAGAGAGCAAGAUCACCCAGUGAUGUCUGA